AUGACUCCUUUAUGGCCCAACAUUAGCCCCCUGCCUUCAGGGUCCAACACAGAAAUACCACAUCCCUAUCCGGAGUUUCUUGCCGAUGUGCAGGAGUGGAAGAAGAGUCUCGCAAACUUCUCCUCUCAGGUGGUCGGACAAACCCAGGUUUUCCUGAACGGCUCGGCGGAGGAAUGUCGCUUCAGAGAGUGCAACCUGGGAAACCUGAUCUGUGACGCCAUGAUUUACAACAACAUCCGGUUCUCCGACGGCCUGCAGUGGAACCACGUCAGCGCCUGCAUCUUCAACGGAGGCGGAGUCCGGACCUCCAUCGACGAGAGAACCAGGAACGGUGCGUCACUCCGUUAA